CCCAGAAUCUGGAGGGGAAGGGAAAGGGUGAGGAAGAGCAGAGCUUCACUAUGCAUUCGAGGUAAUGUGUAAAUUCACUUCAGCUUUUGAAGUCUUUUCAUCUUUGUCUUCCCAAGAAGUGGACCUAAAUUCAUUAAAAGGAUGUGAGAAGAAUGAAGACCGGUAAGGGGGUCAUUAACAAGCAGAGAGAGGAAAGCAGCAACGUUGUGACUUCUCUUUCUGCCUCAUGGCCUCACCUGUUACUAAGGACUAGACUUGUCUUAAGUUAUAUUUAUUGACAAUGCACGCAUCGUAUCUUUUGACUUUGAGGGCUGUCUCAUGUCGAAGGAGUUAAGUUAUGUCAUAGAGGAUGAAGCUGGAAUACCUUGGGUGUUGACUGAGGGUGGUGAAAUGCCUGCUAAGACAUGAAGACAUUGGCCACAAGUUUCGUCCUUGGGAGCCUGGUGUUGGCUUUCCUUCUGCCUUUGGUGGUAGCUUUACCUAAAACACUGGCCAUCCCCGAGAAACUGCAAGAAGCCGUGGGGAGAGUCAUUGUCAACACCACAACCUGCUCUGUCACCUGUGGCCUUGGCUAUAAGGAGGAGACCGCCUGUGAGGUGGGCCCUGAUGGCGUGAGAAGGAAGUGUAAGUCUCAGCGCUUGGAGUGUCUGACCAACUGGAUCUGUGGAAUGCUCCACUUCACCAUCCUCACAGGGAAGGAGUUUAAGCUGAGCUGUCUGAGCUCAGACAUCCUGGAGGUUGGGCAGGAAGCUUUCCGAUUCACCUGGAAACUUGCUCGGGGUAUCAUUUCAACUGAUGACGAAGUCUUCAAACCCUUCCGAGCCAGUUCCUACUUUAUAAAGUUUCGGUCCCCUCAGGAGUACGACUCUGGGACCUACCGGUGUGAUGUGCAGCUGUUAAAAAACUUGAGACUUGUCAAGAGGCUCUAUUUUGGGCUGAGGGUCCUUCCCCGUAACUUGGUGAACCUGAAUUUCCAUCAGUCCCUCACUGAGGAUCAGAAGUUAGUAGAUGAGGGCCUGGAAGUGAAUCUGGACAACGAUACCCAGCCUCAGCGCCCACCGUGGAAAAAGAAGGUGGCGGUAGCCUUGGGAGUAGGAAUUGCCAGUGGCGUGACUGGCGGCGUGUUGGUGAUCGUCGCACUGUGCAGCGGGCUGAGGGUGAUUAACAGCAGUGCCAGCCUGAAGACCUUAUACACCUUGCUCCCGAAGGGCUGGCUGCUCAGGAAGCCAAACUAGCUUUCCCGGGAGUGUUUUGGCCGCCUGACUGCGCGUUAGCUAAGAGGGAGGGCUUCCGCUACCCAAGGAGUGAGUAGGGGAUGCACAGAGGGGCCACAUCAUGGUAGUAGCUAUGGGCAGUAGUCUCUGUCUUUAUGUCCCAGGUGGGUCUCUCCAGAUCUUCCCUGUGCGCUAGGCACCCAGGAAACCUGACUGCAGGCAUCUCCCUGCUCCGGGAAGAGCUCUGUCUUCCGAGUUUGCAUUCGUUGUCGACCCUUUACA